AUGUUUGCCCGCACGCUCCUCCGCUGCGCAACGAGGCGGCCGCAAUGCCUUCCCGCGCUGCGACGCCCGCCGCCCAUACUCGCCUCUGCUAAUGCCGCCGCAGCGGUCCCACGACGAUACCUCUACGAGAACACCCGCCAGUCCAUCCGCGACGAAGUGCCCAAAGGCCGCUGGGGCAAGAACCAAACCAUGGCCGUAAUCGCCUUCCUCCUCGCCAGCAGCGGCAUCGCAAUCGCCCUCUACAGCUACACCACCUACCUCAGGUUCGUCUCCUCCACCCUGCACAACUACCCCCCCUCCGUCGCCAAAGAGCUCCGCCGCGCCCUCUACUACAACCUCUACGACCAGCCGCAACCGGCCAUAAAACACUUCCGGCGCGCGCUCGAACAGUGCGCGCUCCACAACCUCUCCCCGCUCUCCGACGAGGUCACGGGCAUAAAACUCGAGCUCGCCGCGCUCCUCGAGAAGCACGGGCUGCCCGACAAGGCCGCCACCGUCCUCGAGCACGUCCUCGACGAGGUCGCCGCCGGCGCAAAGGACCUGCCCCGUGGGACGGAGCGCACAAGACUGCUGAGGCGGGCUGUGGGCGUGGGGUUGAAGCUUGGUGAGCUGUAUAUGAACCAGGGGCAGAGCGCGAGGGCCGAGGAGCCGCUGGUGUGGGCUGUGCAGACGAUGCUGCGGGAGCGGCAGCACCGGCAGCGGGUGGUGGAGGGGGAGCGGGGUGGUGAGGGGGCAGAGCGGGUGGAGGGGGAGGAGGAGGGGGAGGGGGAGUGGUUGAGUGAUGAGGAGUCCAGCAUGGCGCUGGAGAGCCUCGCUGCGUGUUAUCUAGAGCGGGAGCAGCACUUCUUGGCCACGCCGCUACUACUACAGGCGCUGGAGUUGGCGCCGAGGGGCGAUUGUCACGCCGUUAUCAUCAUGAACAACCUCUCCCUCUCCCUCGCGCAGCAACCCCUCCCCCCGCACGCACCCAUAACCCGCCACCAGCUCAUCGCCGACUCGGCCACAAAAUGGGCCGAAAAGGCCCUCUCCCUCUCCAACAGCAUCGCCCCGCCGCAGCGCACGCGCGAGUGCGACGAGGGCUGCGUCGCCGCGACCUACAACCUCGGUGAGUUCGCCGAGAUGCUAGGUGACCGCGAGGGGGCGCGGCGGAGGUAUGCCGAGGCGGCGAGCCUGGCGAGGGGGUUGGAUAUGCGUGAGGGGGUGAGGAGGGCGGAGGGGGCGUUGGUGAGGGUUGGUGGUGAAGGGGGGAAGUAG